AUGAAACUGAAGAGAAAGGCGCUUAAGUGGUUCCAUUCGAAGCCGGAACAUAUCGAGAUGAUAUUCGAUACGCUUAUUGGAGAGCUGAGGAAGAUGUUUCGCCAUCGUCAAGAUAAAGUAACGCUACGAAAGAAAUUUAAAGGGCGUCUGCGGAAGAGAGACGAAACUUUUCGCAAGUACGUCCACGAAAAAAUAAUCUUGGGGAAUCGUGUGCCAAUUGCUGUCGACGAGAUGUUGAACUACGUCAUAGAUGGCAUCUCCGAUAAUACACUGCUUAACCAGAUGAAAACAAAACGCUAUUUACAUCUACUUUUUUUGUAUGAGUACAAAUUGAAUCAUAGAGCAGCUCGAACUUCGAGAAACAUUAAUCAAACUUUCGGAGAUGGAUCCACCACUGAAAAAAAUGCUCGAUAUUGGUUCCAAAAACUUCGUUCUGGCAAUUUGAGCAUCGUCAAUGAGCCUCGAGAAAGACCACCGGUCCAUAUUGAUAACGAGGAAUUAAGGACGACUGUGGAAUCCGAUCCAGACACAACUAUUCAUAAACUUGGGACUAAGUUAGGAACUAGCCAUACGGCUGUGUUGAAACAUCUGCGUGCAAUAAACAAAGUAAAAAAAUUGGACUCAUAUGUACCGUACGAAUUGACGGAACUGCAGAUGGUCGACCGCAAGAGUAAGUGCGCAUCUUUGUUGAUUCGCAAUAAACGAUUGCUGUUUUUACACCAAAUCAUCACUUGUGAUGAAAAGUGGAUUUUGUACGACAAUCGAAAACAAUCAAGCAAAUGGGUAGAUAAGAAUAUAUCGCCAGGACAUACCCCUAAGCCGAAAUUCUAUCAAAAGAAGAUUAUGGUUACCAUAUGGUGGAAUGCCAAAGGUGUGAUCCAUUAUUCCUUCCUGCAACCAGGUAAAACCAUAACAGCGGAGUCCUAUUGCCGUGAAAUUGAUGUCAUGCAUGAGAAACUUGUGAAAAAACAACCAGCAUUGCUCAAUCGGCACGGUGUAAUAUUACUGCAAGAUAAC